AUGGCCCCCUCCAAGCUCGAAACCAUCUCGUUCACCACCUUCUCCAACAUCAUCGACGGCCAGCCUCGCACCUCCAAGACCAAAUACCAUGGCAUCGACCCCACGACCAAACAACCCAACUGGGACGUCCCCGUCGCGAGCCCCGACGACGUCGAAGCCGCCGUGGCCGCGGCCAACAAAGCCUUCGCCGACUGGAAGACGACCAGCUGGGCGUACCGCACCGAGCGGAUCGGGCGGUUCAAAGAGGCGCUUGAGGCGUACGAGGACGAAAUGAUCGAGCUGUUGCUCAAGGAGACGGGGAAGCCCCGCCAGUUCGGCGCCCAGGAAGUCAAGUCGUGCGCGCAUUUCCUGGACUGGCAUCUAGGAAUGAAGGAGCCGCAGGGCGAAUCGUACGAUUUCCCAGACAAGUCCAUCGUCAACAAGUUCGUGCCGUUGGGCGUCGCCGCCGCCAUCUGUCCCUGGAACUUUCCGCUGUUGUUGAGCCUGGGGAAGGUGUUGCCGGCAGUGCAGAUGGGGAAUGCCAUCAUUGUGAAACCGAGUCCUUUUACCCCAUACACGGCGUUGAAAAUGGUCGAGAUUGCCAACACAGUCUUCCCGCCUGGAUUGGUGCAGGCGCUGGGCGGCGACGACAAGCUGGGUCCAGCGCUGGUCGAUCAUCCAGAAAUCCACAAGAUCAGUUUUACAGGGUCAAUCGCCACAGGCAAGAGAGUCAUGGCGGCGGCUGCGAAGACGGUCAAGCGUGUCACGCUGGAGAUGGGCGGCAAUGAUCCGGCCAUUGUGCUGCCUGAUGCUGACAUUGCCAAAGCGGCGCCGAUGGUUGCCAUGGGUGCCUUCUUCAACACCUCCCAAGUCUGUAUCGCCUCGAAACGGAUCUACGUCCACAGUUCGCAAUACGACGCCUUCCUCGAGGCCUUGACCAACGUGGCCAAAUCGCUGAAAGUCGGCACGCCCAACGAAGACGGCGUGAUGCUCGGCCCGAUCCAGAACAGCAUGCAAUACGAAAAAGUGAAGUCGUUCUUCCGCGACGCGAAAUCCCAGGGAUACAAAUUCGCCCUCGGGUCCAGCGACGUGCCGGAGUCUCAAGGCUUCUUUAUCAACCCGACCAUCAUUGACAACCCGCCGGACGACAGUAUGGUCGUGACCGAGGAGCCGUUUGGGCCGAUCGUGCCGGUGCAGAAAUACGAGGAUGUCGAGGAGGUCAUUCGCCGCGCGAACAAUAGCAAGGCCGGGCUCGGGGCGACUGUGUUUGGAAAGGACCCCAAAAUGCUGCAGUAUGUGGCGGACAGGCUGGAGGCUGGGAGUGUUUGGGUCAAUAGCUAUCCGGCGGCGGGACCGCAGGCGCAGUUUGGCGGCGUCAAAGAGUCGGGCAUUGGCACCGAGUUUGGGACGAUGGGCGUUCUGGCUUAUGCUAAUGUCAAGGCCAUCACGACUUUCAAGGAUGUUUGA